AUGGCGGCGGCGCGGGGCGCGGUGGGACGCAGGGGUCCCGGGCGGCCCUGCCCCUUCUCCAUCGAGCACAUCCUCUCCGGCCUGCCCGAGAGCAGCCCCCCGGCCCGGGUCGUCCGCCCGCCGCCGCCCGCCGGCCGCCAGAGCCCCGCGGAGCCGCGGCAGCCUGAGGCGCCCGAGGCCGUGCCCUGCGCCUGCUGCUGCUGCUGCGGCCCCCGCGCGGCGCCCCGCGGGUCCCCGGACACCGGGGCCUCCGGGGCGCCGCCCGGCGCGGGCGGCCCGGGUCCACAGCGGCGCACGCGGCGCCACCGCACCAUCUUCAGCGAGGAGCAGCUGCAGGCGCUGGAAGCGCUCUUCGUGCAAAACCAGUACCCCGACGUGGGCACUCGCGAGCGCCUGGCCGGCCACAUUCGCUUGCGCGAAGAGCGCGUGGAGGUCUGGUUCAAGAACCGCCGGGCCAAGUGGCGACACCAGAAGCGCACAUCGGCGUCCGCGAGGCUCCUGCCGGGAGCCAAGAAGCUCCCGAAGGAGAGCUGCUGA